AUGAAGAGUAUCUUAAAGGACAAGACAAGACUCAAAUUUCAGGACCCUGAAGCUGGUCUGAGUAACUCCAUAGGGGGUGUGCGCUGGAUUCUACCUGAUGAGGGUCUUCAGUCUCAUAACUCAGUUCCCAGCAAAAGCAGUCAAAUCCCCAGACAAAAGGUCUUAAAUAUCUCUCGUAGCUUGCAGGAAUGUGUGAAGUUUAUCACUCAAUGGAAACAGCAGGUGGAACAUGUCUGCAAGCCUGGUACCAAUGCAGACAAAGGCCAAAAUAUCGGUGCGAAUGCAGAGCCUCGUAGUCUGGAACAAUGCCGAAACCUCAUCCUUGAGUGGGCACAGGAGCUCAGGAAAGUUGACAUUUUGUUCAGUGAGAGCCCCUGGCGGCAAGAAACAGAUGCAUGCUGGGAGCAGAAAGAGAACAAGGUUGACUCUGCCAAGCAUACAGAGCAGAAGAUCAUGGAAUGGGCUAAAGAGUUACUGGCUGUGUCAAAGUGUUGUGGUGUAAUGAGAGAAGAAUUAGCUCAGUUUCUGAGGCUGUUGGAACUGAAGAAGAACAAGAACAAGGUUGCAUCUUUGUUGCCUUUUCUGGAGUUCAUAACUUGGUCUCUGCUGAAGGAGGACAGCAAGGGCGUUGUUCCACAGCUCUGGCUCCUCAGCAAACAACGUACCUGGAAAAUAGAGACACCAAAGUACAUUCCAAACUCAGUGUGGAGCUGGAUCUGCAGUGCAUCAGCUGACAUUACACUGGACCUCAUGACUAACCACCCAUGGUUAAUGCUCUCAGAGGACAGGAAAAAGGUCCAGGAAGCUCUGAAUGAAGCUGAAGUGUCAUUUAGCACCCAACGCUUUGACAGCUGGCCUUGUGUUCUGGGCUGUGAAGGGCUCUCCUCCGGUCGUCACUAUUGGGAAGUGGAUAUUGCCAACAAAGGCUACUGGCGCAUUGGAUUGACCACUGCCUCUUCCAAAAGGCAUGGCCGCUUUCCCAUGAACCCAUCUGAGGGCUUUUGGACAAUAUGGAGAAGCACACGGCAGUUUUAUGCUUGCACCAUACCAGAGACUGAGAUACCCAUGCCACUUGUGCCCAGAAAACUGGGUGUCUACUUGGACUAUGAGGAAGGUCAGGUGUCUUUCUACAAUGUAGACACACGGUCACAUAUCUUCACAUUUGCAACAAGUUUCCGUGAGAAGUUGUACCCUCUCUUUGCACCACUGGAUGGACGUACACUUAUCACAUUGUCCUCCCCAGAUUUCAAGCCAGAAAUUUCUGAAUAA